AUGCUAAAUUCCAUCAGAACUCUUGAGAGCGAUUUAGAAACAUACAGACAUGAGGUGGGUAUUAAAAAAAGUAAAAGUGUUCAGGAUGAUUUGUUGCGAAAUGCAGCUAGUGAACAGAAGUCGACUAAUUUUGACAAAACAAAGAGAUUGCGUGGUAAGCCUAGAAUUCUCAUUAUUGGAGAUAGUACUAUUGCUGACAUGAAUAAAAUAUUAAAAAUGCAAAGAUCGCUAAAACCAUACCAAAUCACCUCUAUAGUUAAACACAAUGCUCAACUGGAACAUAUUACUGAAGACAUUCUAAAUCUCACAAAAGAAUUUAGUAUAAAAGACUUUGUUAUUCUGAAUGGAGGCCUAAGAAACGCAUUAACCAGUAGCAGAGUAGGGGAAGCUGUGCUAGAACGUUUAUGCCAGAUGAGUGUAUACGCACAAACCUCAUAG